CUGCUACUCCCACCCCGGCUCUCUGUAGCAUCUCCUCCCAAGCUCUGCUCUGCUUUUUUUCCUCUUAGAUUACUGCUUUCCUUCUGUUCAGUCUCCUGUCUGGAACCGACCCACAUAGAUAUGGGGCUGAAUUCUUAGCUUUUUUCGACAGCCUGAGCGGCAAAACAGAGGCAGAAAGCUACUUCACCUCUUGCUUUUGGCUCUAUAUUGUCAGUUUGGUGGAGGUCAGACAUAGUCGGGCUAAGCGAGCCAUCCUUUUGCUUGUUGCGACUGAACACCUUGCCUUUGAGAACAUGCUGGGGAAGGAUUACAUGCUGGCAAUUAUUAUCGUAAAUUACGAUGAUAACCUUUGGAGCGAUCAGUCUUUGGAAGCUGAUACUGACCUCCCACCAGGAUGGAGGACAAUUCGAGAUACAUCCGGCACCUAUUAUUGGCAUGUACCAACAGGAACCACUCAAUGGCAACACCCAAAGUACAACGCAGGCCUACCUCACAGUUUGAGCACCAUUUCCGAAAAGAAAAUUCAUCAAGCUUCAGUCAGCGAUGCCUCACCACAUAGGUCCUUUUCUCAUACAUCAAAUAUGGCAGAGAGAAGGCAUUCACUUCCUUGGCAUGACGAGGACUUAUUUCACAAUAUAAACGAACCAGGCUCUAAGAGUUUUGCAGUCCAUUGUCUUGGUUGGGUAGAAAUCCCAGAGGAGGACCUGGCACCAGGGAAAAGCAGCAUUACAGUUAACAAUUGUAUCCAGCAGCUUUCUCAUAUCAACUGUGACGGAACUGAUCUAACUGGAUCAUCAACCGAGGGGCAAAAUAUGGUGAUGAUUUUAAAAGAUGAUACCAUGACGUUGAUGGAUCCACUAGAUCACAGUUUGAUACACUCUCAGCCAAUAUUAAACAUUCGCGUAUGGGGUGUUGGCUGCAAUAAUGGCAGGGACAGGGAUUUUGCUUUCAUCGCUAAUGACAAAGAUACCUGCAUGUUGAAGUGCCAUGUUUUCAGAUGUGAUGUUCCAGCAAAGGCCAUUGCCAGUGCUCUGCAUGAUUUGUGUUCCAAGAUUAUGGCAGAAAAGGCAGUGGCUAACAAUACCAUUACUCGCUCUGUCACCCUGGAGACAAUCUCACAAGAAGAUUUACCGCAGCAAGUUGAAAUUCUGGAUGCAGUGCGACAGUCCAUUCAGAAGUACGAAGUCCUUUAUCUUGGCAGCCUGCCUGUCUCAAAACCAAUGGGAAUGGAUGUUCUGAAUGAAACGAUUGAAAACCUAAGAAGCAGCACACUCAGGGAACAGUGGAAGCCUGCAGUUCUUUCUGUGACUGAUACACUUAUUACUGUGAACCAGACAGAGGGUGAAGAAGAGCAUCCCCUCUGGCAAAGUCAGGUUCGCUACGUGACAUUCAUUGGUAUUGGGAAGGAUCCUCACACAUUUGCUAUUAUUGUGGAUUUAGGCAAACAAAGCUUUACGAGCAUUGUCUUUUGGUGUGAACCAGAUGCUGGGAGUGUCUCUGAGGCUGUACAGGCUGCCUGCAUGGUCCAGUAUCAGAAAUGCAUGGUGGCUUCAACAUCUCGCACGGCAAAACCAAAGUCAGGCUUCCACUCCAAGUCAUUCCUGAGGAUAAAGAGGACAGCGUCUGUGGACUCACCCAUUUCCCCCUUUACAGCCACAGGUCACACUCUCCAGAAAAAUGCAGGAACGAGUAAAAGAAGAGGCGUCAUGGCUUUCUUUGAAGCAUUUAAACAGAAAACUGCCAUGCACACUCCUUAAACAGGAAUUCAUUUUUUCCCCCACCUUUUUGACUUGUUUAGCAGCCUGUUUGCAUUUUUUAAACUUUGUUUAAUGUUGAGGUUAAUGCAUCUGCCAACUUUUAGAAUGUUAUUCACUAAAACUUACGUUUGUUUUCUUAUUUAUCUUUGAUCAAAAUAAACAGAGGUGUCAGUCAACACGUAGGCAUGACUGUGAAGUUAAAACUAGGUACAGGCUCCCCAUUUAUAGAGAUCUAGGAGAAUUUUAAAGGGAAACUGACCUUGAAAUUAACUUUUAGUGCAUUUGCACUUGCAAUUGUCUUUUUUAUUUCAAUAUUUUAGUUAAACAGCUUUUUAGUAUGGCAUUUAAAGGGAGAGCUAUAAUGAAAUGAAUUUUUAAAAAGUGCUGUUAAUUCUAGAUUUUAAAGGCACGCUGAGAUGUUCAAAAAAAUGAUCUGUAUGUCAUUCCCAGGACCUGAUUACCUGGGUGUGACACUUUUCUUGCAGUACAAAGUACCAACUACUAUUAGUUUUCCAAAAGUCAUAACUCAAACUUAACUACCCAAUUAAAUGUGUGUUAUUA